AUGUAAGCGCGUCUCUACGAUGCGCCUAUUACUCCUUACAACUCCUGCAUCAUGAUGCCUCCUCCUGUGAGACGCUAUCUAUCCCUCACGCUCGUCUCUGUUCUUAUUUUCGUCAUCCUCUUCAAUUUGGCCGCCAGACUACCUGGUCACGCCUAUCGCCAUACUAGAUCACCACCGCGAGCACAUCGACCGAUCGACGAGGUUCUGCAUCCUGGUUUCCUAAAGCCGAAGUUUCGAUGGAAGGACGUAAAGCUCAAGCACCCGGUCCACAAGUACGUCAAGAUUCCCCAAGGGCCCCGAGUCGAUAUACCCCGUGUGCAGCACAGCUUCGAACAAGAGUCGAAGGACCAUGCUGUUUGGCGAAAGAGCUGUUUGAGUGCAGUUAAGGAAGCCUUUCUGCACUCUUGGAUGGGAUACAAGGAACACGCAUGGCUGCAAGAUGAAGUUGCGCCCAUCAGUGGAAAUGCACGAAAUCCGUUCGGGUCAUGGGGGGCAACAUUGGUGGACAGCUUGGACAGCCUGUGGAUUAUGGGCCUGAAGAAGGAUUUCGAAAUGGCGGUCUCGGCCAUUAAGAAGGUGGACUUUAUCUCGACGCCCACGUCAGAAGUCAAUGUUUUUGAGACUACAAUACGAUAUCUGGGAGGUCUGCUUGCGGCAUACGAUGUGAGUGGACAACGGUAUCCAGUUCUGUUAAAGAAGGCGAUACAAUUGGGCGAGAUGUUGUACCUUGCCUUUGACACGCCUAAUCGAAUGCCGAUGACUCGAUGGAAUUGGCAGAAAACGGCACUAGGCGAAGACCAGGAGGCUAAGAGAUCCUCGCUUCUCGCUGAGGUCGGAUCGCUUACUCUGGAAUUCACCCGGCUUUCUCAGAUCACUGGUGAUAUGAAAUGGUAUGAUGCAGUAGCUCGCGUCACAGACGCCUUCGAGAGGGCUCAACCCCAUACUCAGUUGCCCGGCCUAUGGCCCACUCUGGUCAACACCAAGGACGCAGACUUCGCACGCGACACUACCUUUACACUGGGAGGGAUGGCCGAUAGCCUCUAUGAAUACUUACCGAAGCAGCAUCUUAUGCUAGGAGGCCAGACAUCCCAGUACGAGUCCAUGUUUCGUACUGCUCUCGCCGCUGCCAAGGAGAGUGUCUUCUUUCGCCCACUGAACUCAGAGAAUCGUAAGAUGCUUCUCUCGGGCACAGUGAAGCGACACUCUCACUCUCGAACCAAGCUAUUGCCUCAGGCAGAGCAUUUGGCAUGUUUCGCGGGUGGCAUGGUUGCGUUGGCAGCCAAGAUUUUUCAGCAGCCAGACGAAAUGGACACAGCUCGGGAACUUGUAGACGGCUGUCUGUGGGCAUAUAAUUCGACCAUUUCUGGCAUCAUGCCUGAAAUCUUCACUGCACUCCCUUGCAAGGAGGCAGACUGGAAUGACUGUGCCUGGAGUGAGGAUACUUGGCUUCACGCAGUAGCGGAGAAGGCGAAUCACGGCACUGCACGUGCAGGGUAUGAGAAAGAGGCUCACCAAGAGAUCGCCAGCAAAGGAUUAGCUCCUGGGUUCGUUGCAAUCAACGACGCUCGCUAUAUUCUGCGGCCAGAAGCUAUCGAAUCGGUUUUUGUGCUGUACAGAAUCACAGGUGAUGUUCGGCUUCAGCACCAGGCUUGGGAGAUGUUCCAGGCAAUCACAAACGCAACGAGAACUCCAAUCGCGUUUGCUGCCCUGAAAGACGUAACGCAGCUGGAGUCGCCCCUCAUCGACAGUAUGGAAAGCUUUUGGACCGCCGAAACGCUGAAAUACUUCUAUCUCAUAUUUAGUGAUCCCAGUGUCAUCAGCCUCGAUGACUAUGUGCUCAAUACUGAGGCACACCCACUGCUGAGACCGUAGAAGGCAAUAGAGCUAGAGGAAGCCACGAACAGACAUGGAACAAAGGGCAUUCCCAUUGAUACCUAGUAAUACAUCUUGUAUAGAUUUCCUGGACGCGAGGUUGCUCGUUUGCACAGUGAUGGUGGCGUCGACCAGCCCCACUGAGGAGCUGCCUAGGUACCUUA